AUGCCCAAGGAGCGCCAGACAUGCACCGAGUGCUCUAUGCGCCGGCAGAAAUGUGAUCGCAACAUCCCUUGUAGCCGUUGCGUAAAGAGGGGUGACGGUGCAAAAUGCAGCCGGGAAUGGCCUCAAGGUGGCUACGAUCCCAAGGUCCAUCGCAUCUAUCCUCGGACUUCAACCAAGCCAGAGAGCAGCCCAUCCGCCACUGACGCAUCUCCUGCUGCUCGGACUGUUCCCGAUUCCUCGGUCCACCCUUCACUGAGGCAGCAGGCCUCUGCCCCUUCAGGACCCAAGUUCCAAGCACCACCUUCAACUUACUCAAGCAAUUCUCCUCCAGCUUCAGCCACAGGUCUAGUCACCGAUGUAGACAAUGCAGCCACGGUCUUAGAAUUCCUCACCUGGGGUCGAACCAAGCUGUCUGACUACGAUCUCAAAGCUCUCGAACUGCUGAAAGAACCCCACAAUGCAGGCCCAGCGGCAGUUCCUAGAGACACCGGCCCUGACUGGGAUGUUUCCAAUAGCUUAGGGGGCACAGGUGCUGCUCAGGUCUCCUUUCUGCAACUGUUACUUCCAAGUCGCGCACAGGUCUUCCAACUAGUCGAGUACCAUAUCAACUCAAUUCUGUGGUAUCAUGGAUGCUUCCAUGGCCCGACGUUCUACGAAGAGCUCAAAACGGUCUACAAGCGCCCGAGUGGCUUGCAAAUCAGGGACAUGGACCUCAGGUGGACUGCCUUACUGUUUUCGGUGAUGGCUGCAAGCAUGACUUGUGCGAGUGAACAUUUGGCGUUAUCGUGGGGCUUCAAAAAGACGGAGAGAGCCAAACUCAACCGACAGUGGUACAAGGCUACAGUGACGUGCCUUAAUCUUGCCGACUAUAUGUGGCGCCAUCAUGUCUACUCCGUGGAGGCCAUCACCGUCCUCACAUUGUCUGCUCAUGUCCUCGGCUUCAGCAACACUCAGAGUACGCUGUUGGGCGCAGGGCUGAAAAUUGCCCAAGGACUUGGGCUUCAGCGACUUGGUCCGGAUAACGAGUUCAGCAAUACGAGCGGGCCGUUGACUCCAGCUCAACGAGAUAAGGUAAUCAAGCGGGAAACGGGACGGAGGUUAUGGUCGCAACUUUGCAUCCAAGAUUGGUUUUCAAUACCUUUCUCGGAAAUGUAUUCGGUCCAAAAGAUGCAUUUCACCUCUCUCAGGCCUAUGACCUGUGACGAACUUACGAUGGAACCUCUGCCGGACGAUGUUCCAAGUAUGGUCGGCUUCCCAAACCUUCUCUUUGACAUUGCUUCACUCAUGCCUCAAAUGCAUGAUGCGAUCAUUUCAUCGAAUACGUUGUACACUAAAUACGAGCAGGUCCUGGACUACGAUGCCAAAAUGCGUGCUCUAGCAACGGAAGGUUGCGCGCCAUAUUUUUCUAUGAGGGAAGCAAUUCAACCUAACUGGCCGACCUAUGUCCCCUGGGCGAGACGAAGCUUGACGAUAUGUAUUGCUCACAAGAUCAUCAUGAUCCAUCGUGCUUUCCUUGGCCGCAGUUUCACCGAGCCGGCUUUCGAUUUCACCCGUCGCACCUGCAUGGCGGCGGCGAAGACAAUAUUGAAAGAAGCCAGGCAAGCCUACGACGAAGAAGGGCCAAUGCUUUGGAUUGAUCAAGCAUUCAUGGUUGCCGCAGGGAUCACUCUGGCCUUGGACAUUUUCCACCGCCAAGGAAAUGAACCCGAGUAUGAUGAGCAUAGAAAGUUGGUCGAGAACACAAUCAGUAUGCUCGGUAAAUUCGAGAACAGCAUGAUCGCACUACGCGGCAUCCGCUUGCUUUCGUCGUUGCUUGCUGAGCAGGCUCGACUCAGUGCAGAUCAAACGCUGGAGAACUACCGAAAGCGCACACAUGGCAUGGCAGAGCAUGGGCAACCGAAAAGGCAGAAAUUUAAUGUGCCAAAGUUUGUCGAGUCCUUUGUCGGCAACGACUCGUUUACGCACUCGUUGCGGAGUGCCAACAGGGGCGGCGAGGCGUCGAUGGAUGUCCGUGAACCCAGCGAAGCACGUACCCCGGCAGCACAGGACUCUGCCUUCACAAUGGAUCUGGGGUACGAGACCUUUGAACAGCUGUUCCCGCCUCAUACGGGCAUCAGCAACAAUUUCCUGUUUGAAGAUCUUUUGAACUUCGACAUCUGA